AUGUCAUUCCGCGGCGGAGGACGAGGCGGAGGUGGAUUCGGCGGUGGUGAUCGCGGUGGUCGAGGUGGAGGUUUCCGCGGCGGCAGCAGGGGUGGACGUGGAGGAUUCCAAUCAUAUGGGCCCCCAGACAGCGUUUUUGAAAUGGGCCAAUUUCUCCACGCAACCGAAGGCGAGAUGGUCUGCGAAUCCAUUAACGUCAAAAUCCCGUACUUCAACGCUCCAAUCUACCUCGAGAACAAGACACCUAUCGGCAAAGUCGACGAGAUCCUCGGACCACUGAACCAGGUUUUCUUCACUAUCAAGCCACAGGAGGGAAUUCAGGCAACUUCUUUCAAGACUGGUGACAAGUUCUACAUUGGAGGUGACAAGCUAUUGCCACUUGACAAGUUCCUGCCCAAGCCCAAGCCACCGCCAGGUGCGCCCAAGGUCAAGAAGCCCAGAGGUGCUGGAUUCGCAGGUCGGGGUGCUCCUCGAGGAGGCGCAAGAGGUGGACGCGGUGGAUUUGCCCCAAGAGGCAGAGGCGCACCCAGAGGUAGAGGUGGCUUUGGCGGCGAUCGCGGCGGUCGUGGAGGUUUCUCCGGAUCUGGUGGCUUCUCCCGCGGACGCGGAACUCCCAGAGGAAGAGGUCGCGGCGGAUACUAG